AUGGUGUUUGAGCGGCCCGAAGAGGGGUUCCCAAACUCCCGAAGCCACGGAGGAAAAAAAAAAAAACCACCCAGUCCCGCACCUCCCGCGCCGCCCCUCCCCUCCCCCAAGAACCAGCCGCCGCGACACCACCUCCCCCGGAUCCGGCCACCGGACCGCCUCCUUCCCACAGAUACGGUCGGGAUUGAUCCCACCGCCGCCUGCCGCCACCAAGCACCGGCGUGCGACCCCGACGCCGCCUCCCUCCAUGACGCGCCGGCUCCCGACCCCGUCACCUACCUCUGGAAAAAUAAAAAGAAACCACUUUCUACAUGCAAAAGGGCAUCAAAUUUUGGAAGAAGUAUGGCGUUGAAUGAAAAAAUGAGGGAAAAAAGGAUCCUCAAGCAAAUCAAGCACUGGAAAUCUUCCUUGGUGGAGCUAGUAAUGCAAAGCUGCAAAGCUUCAGUUUUAUGUAAUCUUGGCUAAAUUGUGAUAAUUUUAUGUUGCUGUGAACCUCUGUUGUACUGUUCAGAUUGAACUUUUCACAAAGUCCUAUGUUGAAGCUCCUCCUUCUAUUUUUCA